AUGGACGGCCCUUCAAGAACUCACAAACACUCACAAGCUCUGCCUGGCCCCGGUGACAUCAUCGAUGCCAUGGCAACCGGAAGGGACGAUCUGACUGACCCGGAGCUGACUGACCCGGAGCUGACUGACCCGGAGCUGACUGACCCGGAGCUGACUGACCCGGAGCUGACUGACCCGGAGCUGACUGACCCGGAGCUGACUGACCCGGAGCUGACUGACCCGGAGCCGACUGACCCGGAGCCGACUGACCCUCGGCGCUGA